AUGGAAUGCAAAACGGGAAAAGAAGUGUGGGAAAAGUUGAUCCAACUGUUUGAAGUUAGUGACCAAAUAAAGGAGAACCAGGAAGAGCAGAAGGCUCUAAUGGCUGCUGAAAGCAAGGGAAAAUGGGCCGAUAGUGAUUCGGUCGACUCAUCAUCCAACGACAGUAAUGAUAAAGUUGAAACAUACUUCACGGCUAAGAAAGAAUCUGAGGUAUUUGAUCUCUCAUUUGAUGAUUUUACCCAAGAUGAUCUAAUUGCUGCACUUAAUGACAUGGUCAUUAAGUAUAGAAAACUGUCAAAAUCCCUUAAUCAAACUAUGUCAAAAAUCUUUGUUCUCUCUGUUGCGGUUUCUCUACUAGUUGUCAUUGUUACCUUGUUCCUUUUCCGUAAACAAAAUCUUGUUGAUCCCGCCGCUGAUCCUCCUCAUUCUAGACUCCCUCCAGGAACCUCCGGAUGGCCUUUCAUUGGAGAAACAUUGGAUUAUUUACACAAACUUCGAAAUGGAAACCUUAGGGAAUUCGUUCUCCAUAGGGUGAAGAAAUACGAGUCCAAUGUAUUCACCACAUCGAUAAUAGGGCAUCCCAUUGCUAUGUUGUGUGGGCCUGAGGGAAAUAAAUUGCUUUUUUCUAACGAAAACAAGCUUGUUAACAUUUGGUUCCCGGAGACAAUUGAAAGGAUCUUUGCCAAGUCUCAUGGUAAACCUGUUGGUGACGAUUUUGCUCAUGUGAGGAAUAUACUUAGGACAUAUCUCAUGCCAUCCGCUCUUCAAAAGCAUGUCGGAACAAUCGACAGUGUAACGAAACUAGAACUAGAGGAACAAUGGAAACCAAACAAACCCGCUAUAGUACAUGAUCUUGCUGGAAGAUAUGCUCUUGGGGUGGUAUGCCGAUUAUUUUUGGGAUCGAAUGAUCCCAGUAUGAUCGAAAAGCUGGAAAAACCUGAGAAAGAUAUAUCUCAUGGAAUAGUUUCAAUGCCAAUAAACAUCCCUGGGACAACAUUUAAUCGGGCAUUGAAAGCUGCGCGAAAACUAACCGCAUUACUCGUGGAGGUGAUUAAACAAAGAAAGAUAGAUCUUGCAACGGGUAAGGCAUGUAGAACGCAAGACAUACUCUCCGAAAUGGUCAAUGCGAAUGAUGGGAAUGGUGACUUGUUAAAGGAAACCGACAUAGCAGCUCAUCUUAUAGGUCUUAUCCACGGAGGAUAUGAUCCGGUAAGGAGUGGGCUAACAUUCAUCGUAAAGUACAUGGCUGAGCUUCCAGAAGUUUAUGAUCAAGUCUUUAAAGAACAAAUGGAAGUGAAAAAUUCAAAGGAAGAAAAUGAAGCAUUGAACUGGGAGGACAUGAAGAAAAUGAAAUAUUCAUGGAAUGUGAUUCAAGAAGUAUUUAGGUUAAUGCCGCCGGUCCUUGGAACAUUUAGACGGGCUAUCAAGGACUUUACAUUUGGGAAUCACACCAUUCCAAAGGGUUACAAAAUACAUUGGACAGCAUAUUACACGCAUAGGGACCCAAAAUAUUUUCCAAAUCCUGAGAAAUUUGAUCCAUCGAGAUUUGAUGGAAUUGGUCCACCGCCUUAUUCUUAUGUUCCAUUUGGGGGUGGACCGCGUAUGUGUCCUGGGAUUGAAUAUGCAAAGAUGGUAACAUUGAUUUUUAUGCAUAAUAUUGUUACAAAGUAUAAAUGGGAGUUAUUGGUUCUUGAUGAAAAAGUUGUGGUCGAUCAUCAUCCAAGGCCAACUCAAGGGCUUCCAGUUCGCCUUAGACCACACCAGUCAUAA